CCAAAUUGAAUUUUGCGCGGCGAUGAUAAUUAAAGAGUUUCGCAUAAUUCUGCCUUUAACGGUAGAUGAAUACCGUGUUGGACAGCUGUGGGCUGUUGCAGAGGCAUCCAAAAAUGAAACUGGAGGCGGAGAGGGAAUAGAGGUUCUGGUAAAUGAACCAUUUAGUCCUCAAGUCAAUCCUCCUGAGUCACCUUUAAAAGCUAAUGAUGAAGAAUUCUCCUCUGGGCAGUACACUCAUAAACGUUUUUAUCUGGCCAGAAAAGUACCUGGUUAUGUACGUUUGCUUGCGCCAAAAGGAUCACUUGAAAUUGACGAAAAGGCCUGGAAUGCUUACCCUUAUUGUCGUACAGUUUUACAGAUUCACAAUCUUCCACCAAAGCUCUUGGCUCAACGAGAAGUUAUUUAUAUUGAUAUUGUAAAUGAUCAAUUGCACAGUGCUUCUGACUAUGAUGCAACAUGUGACCCUAGAAUAUAUCAGUCAGUUAAAACUGGUCGAGGUCCAUUAGUAGGUUCAAAAUGGUGGGAAAAUACAGAUCUACCAAUAAUGUGCGCCUACAAACUUGUCACAUGUGAAUUUAAAUGGUGGGGUAUUCAAAGCCGAGUUGAAAAUAUGAUACAGAAUCAAGAAAGGCGAAUUUUCCUUAAUUUCAACCGUCAGGUUUUUUGUUGGCUUGAUAAAUGGCACGGACUUUCUAUGGACGAUAUACGGGCUAUAGAAAAUAAAACUAAAGAAGAAUUGGAUGAACAACGCCUUGUCGGUAGUGUUCGUGGCACUGUGGCUCAUGACUAAAAUAC